UCUCAUAAUUAUCAUCUGUUUUGAAAAGUCUAUCUAAUCAUACUGAAAGAUGAAAAAUCGUUAUACAGCAUUUGAUAUUCAAUCAAUAUUGUUUGAAAUAAAAACCAAAUUAAUAGGAAUGCGCGUUUUGAAUAUAUAUGAUGUUGACAAAAAAACAUAUCUUAUUAGAUUUCAUAAGCAAGAUGAGAAAGCAAUUCUAUUAUUAGAAUCAGGAAUAAGGAUUCAUUUAACCGAAUUUGAAUGGCCUAAAAAUAUGAUGCCAUCAGGAUUUGCCAUGAAACUAAGAAAGCAUUUGCGUCAAAAACGUUUAGAAUCAAUAGAAAUGAUGGGUAUUGAUAGAAUGAUAGAUUUACAAUUUGGAACUCAAGAAUUGGCACAUCAUAUUAUAAUUGAACUAUAUGAUAAGGGAAAUAUGAUAUUAACGGACAGUGAUGGUAAAAUUUUGUCAUUACUAAGACCUAGAACACUAAAUGAAGAUACAAAGUUCAUAGUAAACGAAAUAUAUCCAUUCCAUCUCAUAACACUGAAACAGAAUUUAUCUUCUUCAGCAGAAUGCAUGGACAAAAUAUUUUCUUACAUUGAAUCUAUAAAGCUGAAACCAGAAGGCUUACAGCCUCAUGACAAUAAUAUUAACAAUGACAUCGAACCUUUAGUCUCCACAAAUAUAGAUAAUCAUCUUACUCAGUCUACAUCCUCGGGGGUUAAACAGAAGUCUACAUUGCCAUACAAAAAGGUUGGCGGGAAGCCCAAAAAACAACGUGACCCUAAUAAUCCAAGCCUAAAUUUAGAAAUGCCACUUAAAAAGCUUAUUACUUCAGCCUUACCUUUCUUGCCAUUUGGUCCGGGUUUGAUUGAACAUUGUCUUGUCAGUAAUGAAUUAGAUCCUACUCAUAAGUUAAGUGCAGAAACUGACAGUAACUUAAAUGUACUAAACCAAUUCAAGGCAAUAGAGGAUCAGCUUAAAUCGGCGAUUCAAAUGGCUAUCGAUAUAUUUUCUAAGGCUGGCACCCAAACAAAUCCGGGUUACAUAUUUUAUAAAAUUGGAAUUAAACAAAAUACCGGCAUCCUUUCAACUCAAGACGACAAUAACGAGUUGAUUAUGUACGAAGAUUUUGAACCCUUUCUAUAUGCUCAAGAUACUGUUAAGUAUCAAAAUUUUGAUCCUCAGACAUCUAAUGCCGAUGCAAAUGAUGAAAAUAUUAGAAUAGGUUUUGAUCUCAAAGGGAAAGAUGGUUUGAGCAAAGUUAACAAUAACAGAUUGAAGGUGUUGGAGUCAUUUAAUAAAUGCGUAGACGAAUUUUAUUCUAAGCUAGAGGCUCAAAAACUUGACAUUAAAACGGAACAGCAAGAAAAAACCGCCCUCAAAAAAUUGGAACAUGUCAAAAAGGACCACCAAAAUAGGACAAUGAAUCUUCAAAAGACUCAAGAAGAUUGCACGGAAAUGGCCCAGCUUAUCGAGCUCAAUCUUGACCUGGUGGACCAUGCUAUGAAAAUUAUUCAAAGCGGUUUAGCAGCCCAAAUGAAUUGGGCUGAUUUGAAGCAGAGCUUGGAAGAUGCUAAGAAGGCUCAAGAUCCAGUGGCCAUCAAAAUUAAGUCCCUUAAACUCGAGAGCAAUCAGAUGAUUAUGAUAUUGAACGAUCCAUUCGUCGAUUCCUUCCCACCCCAAAAUAUCCACGAUGUUAAUGUCAAGGAUGUCAACAAAAAUUUUAACUCAUCGAAAGGGAAGGAUGUAGCUAUAGAUUUAUCCCUUUCAUCCGCUUAUGAAAACGCCGUCGCCUAUUACGAUAACAAGAAAAAAGCCUCCGUCAAAGAAGCAAAAACAAUAGAAAGUAGCGGUAAGGCCCUCAAAUCGGCCCAUCGCAAAACAAGACAAUUGCUUAGCGACUAUAGAACUCAGAUCAAUAUCAAUAAGGCCCGCAAAAUUUAUUGGUUCGAAAAGUUUUUUUGGUUCAUUAGUUCCGAUAACUACUUGGUAAUUGCGGGUCGUGACCAGCAACAAAAUGAAUUACUCGUGAAAAGGCAUUUAAAUCCGGGUGACCUAUACGUGCACGCUGAUAUUCACGGCGCCUCUAGUGUUAUCAUAAAAAAUAUUGAUGAAAACAGCCAAAUCCCACCUAAAACUCUUAAUGAAGCCGGGACUAUGGCCCUCUGCUACAGUUCGGCCUGGGAGGCCAAAAUAACGGUAUCCGUUUGGUGGGUCUAUAAUUAUCAGGUGUCCAAAACAGCUCCAACCGGCGAAUACUUGACUACCGGGAGCUUUAUGAUUCGAGGCAAGAAAAACUUUUUACCACCCUUAACCAUGAUAAUGGGCUUUGGUAUAAUGUUUAAGUUGGACGAAAUAUCAACAGAAAAUCAUAAAAAAAAAGCCCUGAGUAAGAAUGAAAACGAAUCAAGCAACCUUGACGAUAAAGAAGGAGCUAAAGAGGAAGAACAGGAAUUAGAAGUUAAAUCUUCAGCAUCCGACGAGAACGAAGAAAAUGAGGAUGAAAAUAACGGAGACAAGGUUGAUGAAGAUAUUCAGCCCACCUUUCCAGACACCGAAAUUUCGAGCAUAAUUACUCACAUAGAUUCACAGAUUCAACUUCUACCGGAUAAUGACACAACGUCUAUAUUAACAUCGAUGCAGCAAAAACCCCAAAGCCGACAAAAAGAAAAAAAUAAAGCCAAACUAAAAGCGGUUAAAGAAUUUAUAGAAAAAAGUGAUAAAAUUGAGCCAGCCAACGAUAUUGCCGAUUCAAAUGCUCCCGCCAAAAGACGUCAAAAAGCUAAACUCAAAAAAAUUAAAGAUAAAUACAAAGACCAAGAUGAGCAAGAAAAAAUGUUCAAGAUUCAACUUUUGGCUGCUGCUGCAGAAAAUAACAAAAUGACCAAAGCUAGAAAAAGAGCUUUUAAAGGCAAAAAAGAUUUAAUAUUAAAUGUUAAUAAAUCACACGAUCCAAAUAAAAUCACUGAGUUCGAUAAACUAAAAAUUUCAAACAUUGUUGAUAAUGAUAUGGAGAACGGGAGCCAUAUCGUCGACCAACCUCAUGACUCAGGUCCUGACACGGACCCGGAAGGAGACGAUAACCAGGAAGAUUCCGACAACCUUUCCUCUCUACUUUACUCGCUCACGGGUUUACCUUCCUACCAUAAUCCUUUGCAAAGUUUGCAGCAAGAUGCUCAUCAUCAGGCUGAAUCGCAGGAAAAAAUGGAAGAGGAUUCAAUCCUUUAUGCUCUACCCGUUUGCGGACCCUACACAGCUUUGAGAAAUUUUGCGUACAAGGUGAAAUGCAUACCUGGUUUUAGUAAAAGAGGAAAAGCCGCUAAAGCUGCUCUUGCCUACUUUUUAGCGGCUGCAAACGUUUGGACAAAUGUGACGAAUGACCCUUCCAUAUUCGGAACGAGACUUCCAUCCUUAACAACAAAUUAUUAUUGGCAGAAAUAGGACAUAUUAUGGAAUGUAUUCGACUUAUUGGUGAAUUCUGAUAUUUUUAUAAAAAUGAUAUAUAAAAUGUAGUGUUUUUUAACCACUCUCCAAUAUUAUAGAUAGUUGAAAUAUUUCGGGUUAGGCAUUUUUUAUUUAAAAAAACCGGACUGGGCAACUUUAGUAAAAAUGAUAACAGGCCUGGCAACUUUAGUAAAAAAUUGCAGCCGGGCAAAGACUAAAUUCCCACCGAACAUGACUUGAUAAUUUUAUUUGUAAACCACUACCGCUUAACCUUAAAAAAAUAGAUAUUUUAAAUACUAUGAUAACUACUUCAAUGUUAAUUUAACAUAUCUUCUGCUUAUUUCUUUUAUUAUUUAGAUUUUUUUUAUAUUAGACACAAGUACAACUAAUCCAUGCUUAUUAGAACGUGCUUUGAUCAAGGCUAUAAAAGAUAAUGAUUUGUCCAGAAAUUUACCCUCUAAAAUUAAAAUAUUCAUACCAUC